AUGGGCGACCGCGGCGGCGCGGGCGGCUCCCGGCGCCGGAGGACGGGGUCGCGGCCUUCGAUCCAGGGCGGCAGUGGGCCCGCGGCAGCGGAAGAGGAGGUGCGGGAUGUGGGCGCCGGAGGGGACGCGCCGGUCCGGGACACAGACAAGGACGGAGACGUAGACGUGGGCAGCGGCCACUGGGACCUGAGGUGUCACCGCCUGCAGGACUCCCUGUUUAGUUCUGACAGUGGCUUCAGCAACUACCGUGGCAUCCUGAAUUGGUGUGUGGUGAUGCUGAUCUUAAGCAACGCACGGUUAUUUCUAGAGAACCUCAUCAAGUACGGCAUCCUGGUGGACCCCAUCCAGGUGGUGUCUCUGUUCUUGAAGGACCCUUACAGCUGGCCAGCCCUGUGCCUGGUCAUUGUGGCCAAUAUCUUUGCCGUGGCUGCGUUCCAGGUGGAGAAGCGCCUGGCCGUGGGAGCCCUGACGGAACAGGUGGGGCUGCUGCUGCACGGGGUCAACCUGGCCACCAUUCUCUGCUUCCCAGCGGCGGUGGCCUUCCUCCUCGAGUCCAUCACUCCAGUGGGCUCCGUGCUGGCCCUGAUGGUCUACACCAUCCUCUUCCUCAAGCUGUUCUCCUACCGGGACGUCAAUCUCUGGUGCCGAGAGCGCAGGGCUGGGGCCAAGGCCAAGGCUGCUUUGGCAGGUAAGAAGGCCAACGGGGGAGCUGCCCAGCGCACCGUGAGCUACCCCGACAACCUGACCUACCGCGAUCUCUACUACUUCCUCUUCGCCCCCACCCUGUGCUACGAGCUCAACUUCCCCCGCUCCCCCCGCAUCCGAAAGCGCUUCCUGCUGCGGCGACUCCUGGAGAUGCUGUUCCUCACCCAGCUCCAGGUGGGGCUGAUCCAGCAGUGGAUGGUCCCGGCCAUCCAGAACUCCAUGAAGCCCUUCAAGGACAUGGACUACUCCCGCAUUGUGGAGCGCCUACUGAAACUGGCGGUCCCCAAUCACCUCAUCUGGCUCAUCUUCUUCUACUGGCUCUUCCACUCCUGCCUGAACGCUGUGGCCGAGCUCAUGCAGUUUGGAGACCGCGAGUUCUACCGGGACUGGUGGAACUCGGAGUCUAUCACCUACUUUUGGCAGAAUUGGAACAUCCCUGUUCACAAGUGGUGCCUCAGACACUUCUACAAGCCCAUGCUCCGGCGGGGCAGCAGCAAGUGGGCAGCCAGGACAGGGGUGUUCUUGGCCUCCGCCUUCUUCCAUGAGUACUUGGUGAGCAUCCCCCUGCGCAUGUUCCGCCUCUGGGCCUUCACCGGCAUGAUGGCACAGAUCCCGCUGGCCUGGAUAGUGGGCCGCUUCUUCCGUGGGAACUAUGGCAACGCAGCCGUGUGGCUGUCACUCAUCAUCGGGCAGCCAGUGGCCGUCCUCAUGUACGUCCAUGACUACUACGUGCUCAACUACGAGGCCCCGACAGCCGGGGCCUGA